AUGGACGCACAGUGCGUCUUGUCUGACAAGACCGUGGGGCACGCGAAAGAACCGCACGUGGAGCCCGAGUCGGAGAAGUUCGCCUUGUCGCCGCACGCAGAUUUGGAUGAGCUGAGAGAGUUUGUGCGCUGCGAGUCGCUGGAACGGAUGCAGCUGUGCAUGCGCUUGCAGAAGCAGCAGGAGCUCCUAGAGCAUCUCUCGGAGAAGGCGCUGAAACCGACGGUCAACGGGAAGGCGGCCGAGAUCCUGGCGGCCACGGAAGGUGCGUGGCAAAAGCAAAUGGGCACCGAGGUGGACGAGCUCAAGCUUUCGGUGGAGAACCUGGCGCAAGACCUGCGCGAGAUCCAGGAGACCCUGGUUCCCGAAGGCCGUGAGAGUUUCCGGCGUCCUGGCAGCCUGGUGUUGCACGAAGGCACCAAGGCACAGGACGAGUUUGUGGAUGACAAUUUGGUAGAGGGGGAGUUGGACCGAUCCUUCAAGGUGUCCAGCGAGGUGGAGUCGGUUGCCGGUCUCCACUUCGAACCGGCGCUGGACCUCCAGUGGCUGGAGGAACGCCUGGAGGACCUUCAGAACCAGUGCGCCCAAGAGCUAACGGCCAUGGACCAGCGCCUCAUGGACGAGUUCGGAAAUCUCAAGGGCUUCGUGGACGCGGCCAUUGUAGCGAUGGUCAGCCGCAUGAGCACCUUGGAGAUUUUCGUGAAGGGCGAGGGUGGAAUCUCCGAGAAGAUGGACUUGGGCCUGCAGAAGGUCACUGAGGAGCUCACCUGCAGCUCCAAGAGGCUGCAAUCCUGUCAAGAGGAGGUCACUGAGCUGGCCACCAGGCUGAAGGCCGCAGAGCAACGUCUGGAGCGUGGCACGAUGGUGGGGUACAGCCCGGCGCCCGGGUUCCGGAGCCCCGAGCUGCGAGGUAACACGGAGAGCAACGACUCUGUUCGAAGCUCUGCUGUGGAAAAGAACGUGGAGGCCCAUUGGGCGCUUCCGCCGCGUGGGCUGUCGCAGCCUUUGGCGUGCCACAGGGCAGUGCAGAGCACUGAGUUCUUUUCAAGGAGCUCCCCGCGGCAGCUGUCGCAUGCAAUUCCGGCGGCUUCGGCAGCCGUGCUUGCCGCGGCCGGAUGCCGGCCAAAAGCCUUGAGCGGCUCGCGCACGCAGCGGCGGCAGGCGGCGAGGACGACGGGUUUGACGGACCUGGCAGAGCUGAACCGAAGCCAACAAGAGGCGGUGACGGUGGGCUUGGGCCCAGUGCUGGUGCUGGCGGGGGCGGGCAGCGGCAAGACGCUGACGCUGGUGAAGCGCCUGGAGUACCUCCUGGCGAGCCAAGUGGCGCCCUCCAAGGUGGUGCUCCUCACUUUCACUAAGAAGGCUGCCGAGGAGAUGAAGCGCCGAGCGGGGAAGCUGGUUGGAGCAGCUGCGCAUCGCGUGCGGGGCGGGACCUUUCACUCCUUUUGCCUGAAGGAGCUUCGGCAAAUACGUGCCAGAGAUGGUGCACCGAGCCCAGUGGUCCUGGACGAAAGCGACGCGCGUGACCUGCUGCGCUCCAUCCUUGCAGACAAUGGGCUGCUGGGGAAGGCGCUGAAGUUUCCCAAGCCCAGGCAGCUGCAGAAGUGGUUUUCUACCUGCGUCAACACCGGAGUUCGGCUUCAAACACUUCUGCUCGACUUCGGCUUGCAUGUGGACAGGCUGGAUUCAGUGCUCAAGGUGCAGCAGGAGUACGAGGAGCGAAAGCAGGGCAUGCAGCUCUUGGACUUCGAUGACUUGCUUUGGCACUUGGACCAGGCGCUGGAGGAUGAGGAGACCCGAGAACUCCUGGCGCGGCGCUGCGAGCACGUGCUGGUGGAUGAGUACCAGGACACCAAUCACCUGCAGGCCUCGAUCGUGCAGAAGAUCACCUCGGUGCAUGGCAAUGUCAUGGCAGUGGGCGACGAUGCCCAGAGCAUCUACGCCUUUCGAGGUGCGGACAUCAAGAACAUCACGCACUUUGAGGAGAUGUUCCCAGGUUGCAGAGUGCUGCACUUGGAAGACAACUACCGCAGCUCGCAGGAGAUCCUGGAUCUCUCCAAUGCCCUGCUCCAAAACUCCACGGAGUGUCACCGCAAGCAUUUGGUGUCCCACUGCACUUCCGGGCCCGUGCCCACGCUGGCCAGAUGCUACUCUCCGAUCACCGAGGCGCGCAAGGUGGCAGAGCACUUGCGGGAGCUGCGCAAGACCGUACCGCUGCAGGAGGUGGCGGUGCUGUACCGUGCCAACAAGUCCUCGCUGCUGCUGGAGGCGGAGCUGCUGCGGCUCCAGGUUCCCUUCCUCAAGGUGGGCGCUUUGAAGCUGCUCAAGCGCAGCCAUGUGAAGGACCUCUUGGGGAUCCUCACCAUCGCCUUUCACCCCACCCACACCGUCGCCUGGAUGCGAGUCCUCCAGUUGAUCCCUGGCGUGGGCAACGCCACCGCCACGCAGAUUUGCCAGGACCUGGCUGCGAGCUGCGCCGCGGACGCGCUGCAGCUCUGGGGCUCCUUGCGCCGGGCCUUUGCGCCGGAGCUCCAAGAGCUGGCGGAGCUGGUGGCGCGUCUCCAGGAGGAGACGUCCACAGUGAAGGCCGUGGAAGCUGCUUACGGCUGGUAUAUGAGAUAUUUUCUCCACAAGUACCAGGACGAGAAUGCAGAGGAGCGUGAGGAAGACUUGAGCCUGCUGCUCUCGGUGGCUGAGUCCUACGAAUCUGUGACUGAGAUGCUGUCAUCAUUGGCCCUUGACGAUGAUGUCGCGGACACAGACUCGGACGCGGUGACGUUGUCCACGAUCCACAGCGCCAAGGGCCGCGAGUGGCGGGUGGUGUUCCUCAUCGGCUGCCAACAGACGUUUAAUGAGGAGGACGAAGAGGAGCUGCGGGUUCUGUAUGUGGGCCUCACCCGCGCUCGGCGCGAGCUCAACAUCACCUGCCCAGGCCUGUACUUGCCCUACUGGCUGGCGAUGGUGCCUGGUCUCCAGCGCUAUGUCACCGUCAAUGAUGCUUGCCACAUGAGCACCCCGGUGACCCGCGCUACUCCGGUGGGAAGUUUGCAGGUGCCACCUGGCACGGGGCCGUCACCCUGGGCACCGGUCUGGCGCAGUGUGGGAGGCAGCUCGCCGCAGCUGCUCUCAGUGCUGGCCACCCCCCGUGGCCAAAGCCCGCCUCCCGCGCGGGGGCUCGCGGAGGUGCACUCCGCCGGCCGUGCCCCCACGCCCCAGCGGGCCGUCUACCGGAUGCCCGCGCCGGCCCUGCGGUUUUAA